AGCUAAACGUACAUCGAUUAAACGGUAGUCUCUUAACAAUACAGGCAGGCGUGUAGGUGUCCGUUGACUUCGCCUGUCUGAAACUCUCCCCGCGGCUGCUGACAGCUCGAGCGCUCGCCGUCAGUCAUUCAUUCCGUGUUUUCUCGGUUUCUCUGCGUCGGGAUCCAGCGCUCCGGCUCCAGUAUGUUCGAGGAGGCCAGCGAGGUGUUGGAGAACAUGCUGAAGUGGUCUUUCCCGCUGAGUCUGGUACUGUUUCUGGUCCUGGUGUGUCCGCUGCGCGCGGAAGCGGCGCACGAGUUCAGCGUCUACCGCAUGCAGCAGUACGACCUGCAGGGACAAACCUACGGUUCCCGUAACGCCAUUCUGAACACGGAGGCUCGUACGGUGGAGGCCGAGGUGCUCAGCCGUCGAUGUGUGAUGAUGCGGCUCGCCGAUUUCUCUUACGAGAAAUAUCAGAAAGCGCUGCGACAGUCGGCGGGGGCCGUGGUCAUCAUACUGCCCCAGAACAUGUCCACUAUGCCGCAGGACAUAGUGCAGCAGUUCAUGGAGCUGGAGCCGGAGCUGCUGGCCACGGAGACCAUCGUGCCCGUGUACUUCGCUCUGGAGGACGAGGAGCUGCUGUCCAUCUACACGCAAACACAGAUCUCCUCUUCCUCACAGGGGUCUUCAUCAGCUGCUGAAGUGCUGCUGCACACAGCGACAGCUAACGGUUUUCAGAUGGUGACCAGUGGAGCUCAGAGUAAAGCUGUCAGCGAUUGGGCAAUUACUAGUCUAGAGGGUCGUCUCACAGGUGCGGGAGGAGAAGAUCUGCCCACUAUCGUGCUGGUGGCUCACUACGACUCUUUCGGAGUUGCUCCGUGGCUGUCGUACGGCGCGGACUCGAACGGCAGCGGCGUCGCCAUAUUGCUGGAGCUCGCGCGACUGUUUUCCAGACUCUACUCUUACAAACGCACUCAUGCAGGAUACAACCUGCUGUUUUUCUUGUCGGGAGGCGGGAAGUUUAACUAUCAAGGCACGAAACGUUGGCUGGAGGACAACCUGGAUCACACAGAUUCCAGUCUGCUCCAGGACAACGUGGCGUUUGUUUUAUGUCUGGACACUCUGGGUAACGGCGACAACCUUCACCUCCACGUGUCCAAACCACCGAAAGAGGGAAGUCCACAGCACGCCCUGCUCAAAGAACUAGAGAUGGUUGCGGCCCAUCAGCACCCCGACCUGAAGUUCUCAAUGGUCCACAAGAAGAUCAACCUGGCCGACGACACUCUGGCGUGGGAGCACGAGCGCGGCAUCCGCCGCCUGCCUGCCUUCACCCUGUCCCACCUGGAGAGCCACCGCAGCCCCGCGCGCCACUCCAUCAUGGACAUGCGGUCAGUGUCGUCCUCUCUGGAGGGCGCGGGAGAGGCCACCGCUGGGCCUCAUGUGGAUCUGACGAAGCUCAGUCGCAACACUAAAGUCAUCGCCGAAGCGCUGACGAGAGUCAUAUACAACCUGACGGAGAAGGGCGUCAGCGGAGACCUGGAGAUCUUCACUGAACAGAUGGUGCAGGAGGAUCAGCUGGCGUCGCUGGUGGACUGGCUGACGGCCCAACCGCGAGCCGCCCAGCUGGUAGACAAAGACAGCAGCAUCGUUAACACGCUGGAGUAUCACCUGAACCGCUAUCUGAAGGACGUCAAGAGACACCUGGUCAGAGCCGAUAAGAGGGACCCUGAAUUUGUUUUUUAUGAUCAACUGAAGCAGACCAUGAAUGCUUAUAGGGUAAAACCAGCAAUCUUUGACCUGCUGCUAGCCGUCUGUAUCGCAUCUUAUCUUGGAGUGCUGUAUUUGGCUGUACAGAAUUUUGGAUUUCUGUAUGGUUUCCUGCGUAGAGUCACGGCUCCUCGGGUCAAACAGCACUAACAUGCAACCGUCUCUUCACAAUACGAGGGGCCGCCGGGGUCUCACAGCAGAGCCAAGAGUGUGUUUGCUUUCUUUAUUUCACUAGUUUGUUUGAUUGAUUUAGUUUUCUGAGAAUGAACGUUGAUUUCCAUGCCAAGAGUUUCAUCCACUACAUCUCCACUAGCCUUUCAAGUCUUCCUUGUCUCAGCGUUGCCUCAAGUCCUGCGUCCUUAAAAAUACAAUCCGUAAUUGCUCAAACAGAGUUGAUUUCAAUUUAAAUCGCAAACAAAUCUGUUCCCAUGUAAUGUCGUCAUGAAAUGUGCCCUUCUUGCAUCAAUUACGGACUGUACUUCUAAGCAGUGUUUCCUGAAAACCUUUCCUCGUGUGGUUAUUCUUCACUGGCAGCUACUAUAAAGUGGGCCAAAAUCGUUGCUGGUUGAGUUGAAGUCUGUCAACGCUCCUCAAUCUUCGUCACGCGCUCACACGAGUCUCAACUCAAACUGCUGAUUCUCUUCGGAGCGAGUAUUAUAUAUAAAUAUAUAGAUUGUGAUGUUUGGAAACCUGGCAUUUCAUGUUUUGCAAAUUGUUUUAUCCUUAAGUUUUUCGUCAAAAGAUAAAUAUUAAUUAUUCCAUGAUUCUUUAGACAUUUUAUAACUCCCAUUUCUUUCUUCAAUCCCAAUUCCACGUGUGGUUUUGACAUUCACUUCUACUUUCGCCAUUUAUUGGCAAGUAGUGUGGUACAAAUUUGCUGUUAUUUAUAGAAGCUGAUAUGCUUCGACAUGCACUGAUUAAAUUUCUUUUUUUUUUUUUUCAAA